GGGCCGGAGGAGGUUUCUCGUUUCUCGGGGCGUCUGUAUGUGUGUUUCGGGGGACUAAGGGGUACGCGGGGGACGAAAGAGUACCGGCCAUGGCAGCAGCGGAGGAGGAGGACGGGGGCCCCGAAGGGCCAAACCGCGAGCGGGGCGGGGCGGGCGCGACCUUCGAAUGUAAUAUAUGUUUGGAGACUGCUCGGGAAGCUGUGGUCAGUGUGUGUGGCCACCUGUACUGUUGGCCCUGUCUUCAUCAGUGGUUGGAGACACGGCCAGAGCGGCAAGAGUGCCCAGUGUGCAAAGCUGGGAUCAGCAGAGAAAACGUUGUCCCUCUUUAUGGGCGAGGGAGCCAGAAACCCCAGGAUCCCAGAUUGAAAACCCCACCCCGCCCACAGGGCCAGCGACCCGCUCCAGAGAGCAGAGGGGGAUUCCAGCCAUUUGGUGAUACUGGGGGCUUUCACUUCUCAUUUGGUGUCGGUGCUUUUCCCUUUGGCUUUUUCACCACCGUCUUCAAUACCCAUGAACCAUUCCGUCGGGGUACAGGUGUGGAUCUGGGACAGGGUCACCCGGCCUCCAGCUGGCAGGACUCCCUCUUCCUGUUUCUCGCCAUCUUCUUCUUUUUCUGGCUGCUCAGUAUUUGAGCCAUGUCUCCUUCCUGCCCACCACCAGCCAGAGGAGAAUCAGUAUUGGGGGUCCCUGCUGACCCUUCCUUACUCCUGGACCCUCCCCACCCAAGCCCUUCAUUUCUGUUGGCUAAGGCCAACCCUGGCCACUUUCCACAAGGAUGUGUGGAGGAGGAGUGACAUCUGUGCAUAGGAUAGGAGAACCUGUGCUCUGAACUGCUCCCUCAGUAGCGUCAUAACUCCCAGCUCUGGGAGAGGAGGAUGGACUGAAGACAGUGUCUGUCUCUCCUCUCUCCCGAUCCUUUGCUUUCCACCAUAUUUCUUGAUUUGAUGUUGAAAGGUGGGCAAGGCUCCCUCUGACUCUUCUCCCAUGUUCCCCUUGAUUUAAUUUAAUUUUUCUCUCCCCAGUGUCUAAUGUGGGUCCUGACUCUCAAGUGCUUCCCUCCCCUCACUACCUCCUUUAUGAUAAAUUCAAUAAACAUGAUGAGAUGUAUUCAC